AUGACGACGCUCGUCCUCACGGCCACCCCGGUGGCCACCCUGCAGCAGCUGACCUCGCUUCUGGAGGCCCACGGGGUCAGCUCGCUGGGCCCCGUGGCCCUGGCCACCAGCAGCGGCACGCUCGGGGCGGGGGCGCUCAGCGCCGGCGCCUAUGACGCCGUGCUCUCCGUGGCCGGCCAGCCCGGGCAUCACACCGUGCAGCUGCUGGGCCUUCUGGCGGCGGCCAUGAAGCCCGGCGGCAAGCUCGUCAUCCAAGAGCCUGGCGCCAGCGAGGAGGCCCUGAGCAAGACGCUGCUGCUGAGCGGGCUGACCUGCGGCGGCGCCGCGCCGGGCGGCGGCGUGGCAGCGCACAAGCCCGCGUGGGCGACGGGCGCCAAGGCAUCCAUCGCCCUGAGGCCGCGCCAGCCCACCGCGGCGCCGGCGGCAGCCGCAGCGGUCGCCGCCAAGCCCGCGCCGGCCGCCAAGACCUGGACGCUGGCUGUGGAUGAUGAUGAUGGGGAUGAGGAGCUGGUUGACGACGAGGAGCUGCUGACCGAGGAGGACAAGCAGCGCCCCGCGCCGCCGCCAGCCUCCGCCGACGACUGCGAGGUGGGUGCGGCGGGGCGCAAGGCCUGCAAGGACUGCACCUGUGGCCGCGCAGACGGCACGGCGGAGCAGUGCGGCCUGGGCGACGCCUUCCGCUGCGGGGGCUGCCCCUACCGCGGCCUGCCGGCCUUUGAGAUGGGCAAGAAAAUUGAGCUGCCUCCCGACUUUCUGGCGGUGGACCUGUAG